UAUAUGUAUAAUUCGGGGUAUUUCGGCCACACUUAAAGGAUCCUUGUCGGACGCUUUAUAGAAAAUACUGAAAUAUGGAAUGAAGGCACAGCGCCUGGGAGCUGCGAGCCUCCUAGGAGAACAUCUCGACAACAUCGCAGGCUGGAGACUGCGUCCGUCAGGAAGUCGUCCCUGCCCUUUUUUUUUUGCUUUCGCUGGGAUCCCAUGACUGGGUCCUGCCGGCCGUGUGUUUACACCACAGUCGGUCAGGUAGAUGUUAAGACAGCAGCACGGCCACGGGAUCCUGAUCAGCUGAAAACGAGCAGGUCUGCGCAGGGAUGGCAUCUCUCAGCCUGGGGCCGAAUUUAUCCCGAAAAAAAGGGGCUGCCAGGGCUGGUCUCGUCGAAAGGAAGAACCUGAUCACAGUGUGCAGGUUCUCUGUGAAGACCCUGAUCGACCGCUCUUGUUUCGAGACCAUCGAUGACACCUCGCCAGAAUUCGUCAACUUCGUCUGCAUCUUGGAGCAGAUCCUGAGCCAUCGUUUGAAAGGGCAGGUUACCUGGUUUGGCUAUGAGAGCCCUAGAAGCUUCUGGGACUACAUCCGCGUGGCCUGCAGCAAGGUGCCUCACAGCUGCAUCAGCAGCAUCGAGAACAUGGAGAACGUCCGCACGUCACGGGCCAAGGGCCGAGCUUGGAUCAGAGUGGCCCUCAUGGAGAAGCGUCUGUCCGAGUACAUAUCCACAGCGCUCAAGGACUACAGAACCACCAGGCGCUUCUAUGGGGAGGGCUCCGUCGUCCUGGGAGAGGAGGCGGGGCUGCUGGCGGACAUGCUGAUUGGGCUGAAUGCCAUCGACUUCAGCUUCUGCCUGAAGGGGGAGACACUGGAUGGCAGCUGCCCGGCUGUUAUCGACUACACCCCCUACCUGAAGUUUACCCAGAGGUAUGAGAGUGUUGACAGCAUCAGCAGUGACGAGGAGGAGAUGCGCACCUUGGGCAGCAGCGGCAGUGAGGCCAGCACCCCAGAAACGGGGGGGUCCACCCUCCUCCUGGACCAGAGCAGCUGGUUUAACAAGUGCCGGAGGGUGGAGCAGAAGUACAGGGUGGCACUGGAGCAGAAGGGCUACCUGGAGGAGCUGGUGCGGCUGAGGGAGGCCCAGCUGUCGGAGUCGGUCUCCCAGAACAAAGCGCUCCUGCAGCGGCUGGCUGAGGCCGACCUCAGUCACAAGCUGGAGAAGGAGCAGCUGGAGUACAUCGUGCUGGAGCUGCAGGACCAGCUGACUGUGCUGAAGAACCACGACCGGCAGUCCAGGCAAGAACUCACGGCUCACCUCACCAACCAGUGGCCGUCGCCGGGAUCGCUCGACGCCAACGCCGUCGCCCUGGAUACGCUGCUGUACAGGAAGGGCACCAGCCAAUGGGAAGAGUGGGUGUCUCACGCUUCUGGGAAGAGUUUCCAGAGUUUGGACCAGCUGUCUGCUGACAUGACCCUGUCCCAGACGUCGCUGGACCCGGUACACACGCAGGACCUGGAGCCCAAGCCGGGCCGGUCCCGCUGGUUUAGUGAAGGCAAGGAAGACACCCCCUCGCUACGCGGCCUGUGUGGAUCUCUGACGUCUGUGGCCAGCUACAAAUCCCUGGCCAGCCUGAAGUCCCCUGAGUGCCUUGUGAGUCCCAGCACGGAGAUGACCAGUCCAGGGCUGACGCCCUCCUGAACAUUGUCUGGUCGUGGUCCCCCCCUGGUCUACAGUCCAUCAUCCUUCAUCGUCUCUGUGAGACCCGCUGGGAAGGCUGCACCCCCCACUUUGGACUGACUUGGUUGCUCUUCAUGUCUGUCUGUUUCUUGGUUUAAUAGAGCAUAAUUUAGGUCCAUCUGUUCCAGUGAGAUUUCUAUGCGUGUUUUUUUUAUUUUUUAUUUUAAUGCAUUACCAGGUCAGAGUGCCCAUUACUGUCGUUCGUUAUCAUCAGAUGUUUUUUUUUGUUCUGCUGGCUAUUAACAGACACACUGGACUAAACGGCAGCAUCUUGGCGGUCAAAGCAAAUCUGUCCUGUCACGCGAACGACAAGAGUGGCCGAAGCACUCGUGAUGGUCUCUGAUUACUGAGACCUGCUGCGACCCGCCCCUGAAAAGCGUGUGACUCCAUUUCUGUAGUGGAGGGGAGUGGAGGGGGGCGGGUGGAAGUGCAGGCAAAUCGGCUGUAAUUUUCAGUAUCACCCUCGAGGAGAAUCGGACAAUCAGCUCAGAAUUUUGGCUUCGCUGUACGCUUCCCUGACAGGAGGGGGCAGUAUUGAGCGUCAUUUAUGUACUGCCCUGUGCCUUCAUCGCCCCCCAGCCCCCGUUUAUUUACCUCUGUUGCUCAUCAUGAAUGUCCUUUAUCUAGUGACGCUGUUAAACGGUUUUAGUUUGCAUGAUCGCCCCCAGUUCGGAGGUGGUUUUAUGUACCUACAGCAGAAGCUGAGUAUCACAUAGACAGCGCCAGUGAGCCAAUUCCAGCCCAGACUGGGAUGUCUGCUUAUAUGCUUGGUGGUGCUCCUGGCGAUGGUCAGCUCCAUCUGUGUCUGUGCAGCUUCCAGCCAUCUCAUUGUCUAAUCCCAUGUUUGUGGAUGUUAACCUCGAAGCACAAGACGCUCUCCUGAAAGCCUCAUUGGAUGCUGCAUGAGGCUCUGGGGCAUUAGGCUUACUGUGGAUUCACUGAAAUGGGCAGCCAGCCCAAUUUGUCAUGGUUGUCUUAGACAACAGCGAUACGAAAUCAGGGCUAAUUUACUGCAUCGACUUCCCUGCACAAACAGGAGUGAAUCCAUGUGUGUCGCAGUCCUUUUAAUGCUUGAAAAGGUGGCGCUGUUACACACUCAUGUAGUCAGUCAAUAAAUUACCAUGGAUACAGAGAGAUUGCGCUGUGAAGUAGACUUGUUGAAGUGUUUUGGUGAUAGCGAUAGGGUGAUUAUCCAUUUUUAAUGUCUGGAUCUUUUUGUUGAUUAUUUGCAGGCCGGUUAGGAAGAUUUAUACCACCACUAUAUAGAGAGUAAAGGUCUUUCAGUCAGAGCAAACGCAGAACUGCUUACAGGCCAUUGCUGUAUACUACUGGGUAUAAAGUAAACAUCUUCCAAGUUUCUAGAAAGCAGUGGGGAAAAAAAAACAAUUGCCUCAUAUCUAAAAAGAUAAUCGUAACUGCUGCACAACAUCGUUAUUCUUUCAUGUAAUAUGAGUAUAAAAUUAGUUAAAAUGGUAUUUUUACAGAAAUUUUCCUCAUGUUUUCCCAGUUUUGGGUUGGAUGGAAAACAUUGAGCCUUAUGUCGGACCAUCGGUGUACUGCGUUUGAGUCUUUACCCACCCGCUCGGCUCCGAUGCACCCCCGUGCGACACCCCCGUGCGACAGACACCCGGCCCUCCUUCCCCUCAUUUUCCAGACGCCUUGGAUUGCGCGCCUGCAAUGAAAUGUAAAUUGCUGUUGAUCCCCUGUAAUCUCUGUUGUUGCCUGUAUUUCAUGAUGCGUGCGCAUAAUUUAGAAUAAAUAUUUAAGUCCUCAUUUGCGUGACCUGCCCCCAGCAUUUGGGACGUGACCUUUGAAUGACA